AUACACAUACACACACACAUACAAUAAUACACAUUACACACUUAAACACAACCUGCAGCCUCGCCACCAUUUUGCGUGUAAGCUUUAAACAGCGAGGUUUAAAGGAGGAAAACAGUCUUUUUGCGGCAAUGGACGGCAUCGCUAGUGAUGUUGCAGUUGGUGUAAAGAGAAGUUCAGAUGAUUUGCUUUCUGGCAGUCUUUACAGUGGUCCAAACACUUCAGUUAAGGCUAAUGGAAGCGACAGCAAAAAACUGAGAGUGGAGGACGGCAUGGACAACCCGCCAUCCAGAGUCAUUCACAUUCGCAAACUUCCAAAUGAGGUUUCUGAGACAGAAGUCAUUGCCCUGGGCCUGCCCUUUGGGAAAGUCACCAAUAUACUGAUGCUGAAAGGCAAAAAUCAGGCAUUUUUGGAGCUUGGGACGGAGGAAGCAGCGAUCACCAUGGUGAACUACUACACAGCAGUGACCCCUCAAGUGCGAAAUGCUCCUGUGUGUAUCCAGUACUCUAACCACAAAGAGCUCAAAACAGACAGUGCACUAAAUCAGCGUGCCCAGGCCGUUCUACAAGCAGUGUGUGCUGUUCAGGAGGGAGGUUCUCCAAGUUCAGACUCUGCAGGAGAGAGCGUGUUAAUACCACCGCCAAGUCCAGUCCUGCGCAUCAUCAUCGAUAACAUGUUUUACCCAGUGACACUGGAUGUCCUGCAGCAGAUCUUCUCCAAGUUUGGGACAGUGAUGAAGAUCAUCACAUUCACCAAAAAUAAUCAAUUCCAAGCGCUGCUUCAAUUCAGCGAUCCUGUCAAUGCUCAACAGGCCAAACUGUCUUUGGAUGGACAGAACAUCUAUAACUCAUGCUGCACGCUGCGCAUUGACUUCUCCAAGCUGGUCAACUUGAAUGUGAAGUACAACAAUGAUAAGAGUCGAGAUUACACAAGACCCGAGCUGCCUGCAGCUGAUGGACAGCCUUUUGUAGAUCCGACGAUGGCUGCUGCGCUUGGCAAGGACUCCACGUCCCUACUUGGGUCGAUCAGUCCUUUGAGUGCAGCCGCGGCAGCGGCGGCAGCAGCCGGGCGAGUCGCUCUGUCAGGACACUCGGCGGCUGGUGCAGUUCUGCUGGCCAGCAAUCUCAAUGAUGAGAUGGUUACGCCCCAAAGUCUCUUUACCCUCUUCGGUGUGUACGGGGAUGUGCAACGAGUCAAGAUCCUCUACAAUAAGAAAGACAGCGCCCUCAUCCAGAUGACAGAUGGAAAUCAGGCACAGUUAGCCAUGAGCCACCUGAAUGGGCAGAAGAUGUAUGGAAAAAUCAUCCGUGUGACCCUUUCCAAACACCAGACUGUGCAGCUUCCUCGCGAAGGCUUGGAUGAUCAGGGCCUGACUAAAGACUUCAUCAAUUCGCCCCUGCACCGUUUCAAAAAGCCUGGCUCAAAGAAUUUCCAGAACAUCUUUCCUCCAUCAGCAACACUCCAUCUCUCCAACAUCCCUGAGAAGGUGGAUGAAGAGGACCUGAGACUUCUCUUCUCUAACUCUGGAGGCACCGUGAAGGCCUUCAAAUUCUUUCAAGAUCGCAAGAUGGCCCUGCUGCAGAUGUCAACGGUGGAGGAGGCCAUCCAAGCGCUGAUCGACCUCCAUAGCUAUGAUAUGGGUCGUGGUCAUCGCCUCCGAGUCUCCUUUUCAAAAUCCACCAUCUGAGGUGGAUCUUGCAGUGUAGCUUACACCCUUUUCUUGACCACAUUCUCCGUAUGGAGUGUUGAGUGAUAUUAGAGUUCAUUUGAAUAAAUUAUUCCUGAAGACUACAUUAGAAACACACAGGCACCAUUACUUUCUUUCUCUCAAUUAUUCUCUUCCUGUUGUUACCCACUGGUUGCUCCCACAACAAAAUGUGCCUUACUUGUACAACUUAAACAGCAUAAUCCCCCCAUCUUAUUUACAGGCAAUCUAGAAGUGUAGGCACAUUCCUUUGUUUGUGGUGAGGUGUUUUGUGUCCCCCCCCCAAAAAAAAGCCUUGAUUAUGGCCCACUACACUGACCUUCUGUUCUGUAGUAUUUAAAAUAUAUGGUCAUUUUUCUUUUGCAAAACUUCAUUGGAGCUUUUUAAGGUCAGGUUUUAUCGGCUUACUACUUUUGUUUUGUUUGUCAUUCUGAUGUGAAUCUUCUGAAUACGGGUGACAUGAUCUGAUGAACAGCCACCUGCUAGCGCACAUUCUUUUUGUACAUUUGUAGUGUCAUCUGACAGAUUUAAUGCUGAAGACCUCACACACACACACACACACACACACACACACACACACACACACACACACACACACACACACACAGAGUGUGUGUGCAAUGUAGUAUAUGGUGCAUACUAUUGUUAUAUUUUUUUUCAAACGCAUACUAGGAUUUUUGUUAAACAUUUCUGCUGCCUCUUGGCCAGUAGUUGCAUACAUUUGACCAAGGUCUAUUAAGUCAUCAUUAGCAAAAGCAGUCAGUCUGUUAGUUUAUAUGAUGAUAUUUGUAAUCCGAUAUGAAUCGAUCACUCUGAACACUGCAAUCAGCUCUUAACAAUGCAACAUGUCCUUGAAACGAACUAUAAUUAAAGAGCACUGAGGGAAACCAUUCCUUUGUUUCAGGUUGUUUUUUCAACAUGAAAUAGUUUUAUUAAGAUAAUGACACGUUUGACUAAUUUUACCUGGCAAACACUUUGCUAAUUAGCUUCCAUUAACGGUACAGCUACUCCAUUAUCCUUAAAUAGUUUCAUGAUGUGCUGAAGGCAGACUAAAACUGUAUAAAACGGUCUUUUCUAUCUAAUAUCAUUUGAAGAUUGAUUAAAAUUUAAAUACUCCAAAACAAGGACUAAAAUGCAUGAAUCGAAGCAAUGCCACUAUUUUGUGCUAAGGUGAUCUUGAAACAAGUAAUUAAGUUCUUAAAAACCUGUCAUUUAAUUCUAUUUUCAUGCAUUAGUGUAAAUUGUGCUCAUUACAUAGACCUUUUUUGAAACAUUCUCUUUGCUGUGGACUGAAUCUGAUUGCACCUCAAUCUGAUUACAAAGCUUUGUGAUUUUCAUUGUGAAGCAUUUCAGCUCACAUGUACACUACCAGCAAAAUGUUUGGAUGCUCAUGCUUCUGGUUGGGUUUUUCUCAACCAGGUUCAUGAGGAGCUUCACCUGAAAAAAGCUCUUCUUAAAUGUCAUGCAUAGUCAAAGUUCCUGUCUGCUCUAAAUGGAAAAUAAGAAAUUCUUUAAGUUCUAACUGGAAAUAAAUUGCAAAUUUCACAAAAUUGUGUAGACUAUUCAUACUUUUGACUGGCAGUGUAGAUGAACCAUUAGGACCAAAGCUGCUGUGCCUUUUGACUUCUUUUUCUGCAUGUUAUAUCAAGCUGUUUCGUGCAGCAUUGGUUUUCAUUUCAAAAGGGAAAUAUUCAGGAUAUUUACCAGACAUUGAAAAACAUUUGUGUGAAUUCUACAUGGAUAUUUGCUGUGUUUCUGAAGCUGGCGAGGUUGUUACUCUGUUAUAAGAUUAAAGAUUGUGUGGUCUUUGGUUCAGAAUCAUGGAAGGGCUGUGUAUAUUUUCUACAUGGGUUGCGUUUUUACAUCUGUACAAAUUCAGUGUGAUUUGGAAGUGAUGCGAUUAAAAGUUCUUUUUGUCUACCAGA